CCUCAUCCAGGCAAGAGCAACACUCCCAGACCAAACCCGCCAUGCGCAGAUCAUGCACGCUGCUCUCCUCCUUGCUACUCCUGAUCUCUGGAUCCAGCUCAGGGGAGUGUAGGCCUCAACAGGCUGGGGAGCGAACACUCGAUGCGGACAAUGAGAAGGUCCAACUAGUGGAGGCGGUCAAGGCGGGAAUCCUAAACUCACUUGGCAUGGACAAAGAACCCGAGAUCACCCAAAAGGCCUCCGAGCGAGAGUUGAGUAGGAUGUAUCGGCUGUACUGGGAAAGACUGAGGGAGAUGAGAGGAAAUUCCAGCCAGUGGACGGGAGGGACCACGUCGAAGGUGCUUUUUCCAGCUACAGGGCCAAUAAAAGCACCUCAAGGGGAGGAACCGCUACCAUUGCCCCCUGGUCAGCACAUGCAGUGGUACAGAGCUGUUUUCCAUAAGAACCCAAGUAUUCAAAUGGAGGCCAUUCUAACCCGAGCUGAGCUCAAGGUUUCCAGGCACAGUCUAAUACAUCCAACACAUUCUGAUUUAAGGCAGAUUAAAGUUCAAGUCAAACGCCUGGAGGUGGGGAACUUAACUGGACGGACACACAUGGACCCUCACGUUGAUGUCUCACUCAUGCAAAAUGUGACGAUGGACAUCAGCACAAAAGUGACAAAGUGGAUGAGAACAGAUGAUACGUCAUUGGUUGUGAACGUAAGGAUGGCAAUGGGUGAAGGCGACCCAACUAUAUCUUUGGAAUUAGACUUAAUUCAGCCCAAAGCGGCAAAAAAUCGAAGGCUGCCUCGCUCCAACAUGGAGGACGAGUGCAACGAACAAGGCUGGUGCUGCCGCAAAUCAAUCAACGUGUCGUUCAAAGACAUUGGCUGGACCGACUGGAUCGUGGCCCCCACGGAGUACACCAUGCACUUGUGCGACGGCACGUGCCCGCACAACUACAAGCCAGCCACCAUGCACACUCAGGUCAAGUCUCGCCUGCACCAGAUCCUGAAGGGCGGCUCGCCUCGGCCUUGCUGUGUACCGGCAUCCUACGAGCCCAUGGUCCUCAUGUACUACGACAGCAGGGGGAAGUUGAAACUGACACCUUUUGAUGACCUGAUUGUCACUAAAUGUCACUGUGCCUAAGGCAGACAAAGUUAAUGACUAUUGGAGCUACUUUUGUUUUUGCUGGCUGGAUUUUUAUGUUUUCUUUGAAUGUUUUAUUUAUUGAAAGUUCUAUUUAUUGUCCUAAACCAUAUUAAUGUCUCAAGUGGACUAUUGCUGUUGUUACAUAAUUGUACAAAGCAGUGUUUCCUAAACUAAACAGUGUUUCCUAAAUGGAAAUGCCAUUAAUCCGAUCCAGCUUCCCCAAAAAUCUUUGUAGUGUGUGUUUUUAAAAAGGAAAAUAGCACUCUAUAAAAUUGUACUUUAUAAAAAGAUACAUUAAUGAUGUAAUUAAGUAAAAGAUAAGGAAAUUUAAGUUUUGCCACAUUUUUGGUUACAAUUCAAUGGACAUUGUGCUGCUCCGUUGAUAUGUGCAGCUUGGCCAUUGGGUGCAGUAUAAUGCAGACAUGAAAAUAAAUGGAGAUGGUCACAACCAAACUCAGUAAGCUGCAGUCAUAUUUGUUGUUUUUCACAGACAAUAUUUAUGUGAGUAUUGUCUGUUUUUUGGGCCACUCAUAUCUCAAGGCAGCGCUGUAUUGUGCAAUUGGGGCCUGUUUAUUGAACACAAAGCUAUUGUUCUGUUGUAUGAAUGGCAGCAGGUGGAUUCACAGGUUAAUUGUACCUUCUGCCAUCUUGUGAAACAGCAUUUAAUUGUUAUCCCUGUCACUAUACAUCACUGGCAUAGAUAUUACUAAAAGAAUUAUUUUUAAUGAAUAAAUAAUUUCCAUUGCAUGGCACAGUUGUUGGGAAUCACUGCUAUAAAAUACUUUUUCAUAUUUUAUUGUCAUUUAUGUUGGGAGGUAUUGUAAUACAGCAAACUUUUUUUAAAUUUGUAUUUCAAUGUAAUUUUUAUUUAUCAAUACUGACCUGUUGCACUUGAAUUUGCAGUAUCAACAAGGACAUUUCAUAAUAAACAUGCGGGAAAUAAAAGACUUGUUGGCUAUGCCAUUAUCAAAUGAAUUCAGUACUUUAUGAAGGUCAGGGUGUGUUUGCACGGGAAAUCAGCUUAUUGAUAAUUUAUAUAGUAUCUCUUAUGAAUGACCCUGACACAGCUUUGACUGUAGCCUUGACCUUGGCACGGGACGUAGACGAUUAGAUGUUAUAAAAUAAAGUGAAAAGUUCAAGGGGUUGAACUUAGUAGAAAAGUGCACGGAAAGUUAAGCACUAUUACAUAUAAAACUGACUUUGUUUUACAUCAACAACAGCAAAAGGCAAUGAAUAGACUGCAAUUUUUCACUUGAACAAAAUGACAAACUGGCUAUGGGCUACUAGAGCUUCUGUUUAAUUAAAUUUAUAUUUAGACAGAUCUUUUGGAAAUUAAGUUAAAAACAUUUUUAGCAUGUAUGUAAAGUACAGUAUUUUAUUUUAUAUUUUAUUUAUAAUGUAAUUACAACUAAUGAUUUCAUAACAUUUAGAAAAUGUGUUUUAUUUAUUUUACUGUAUUAUUUACAAUAAAUCAAUUGAACAAUAAUGAGAUAUAUAUUUAAAAAGGAAUACAAAUCAAUACUUUUUCGAAAAUAUACAGGGUGGGUGAAAAGUAACAAAUUGCUUAUAGAAUGUUUAGUAUUACUUAAGUUAUGAAAACAUUUUUGACAACACUAAUGGAGAUUUCUUGUCUGUCUUUCUUUCCUGUGAAUAUACGACAUCCUUGACAUCAUUCAAAAGGUUGUUCAUUUCUCUUGAGGAAACUAGUUAAUGCCAACUGAUUUUCUUUCAUUUUCCUAUGUAAUAAAGAACAUGUACAGUAUCAUUUGCUGAAAUAAAUUUGUCAGUAAUAUGGACUUUAUUACAAUGAUUUUCUAAU